AGCAACACCACGACACGAUUUGCAAAAACAAGUAACGAAGGGUCAGGAUGAUCAGGGCUCAAUGUCACGGAGCGUUACCACCAAAAAGACCACCGAGAGCCUGCUUAAAAUAACUGUUAUCGUAAGAUUGGGACAUAUACGAUAUUCUGCAAGUAGGCAGUGACGUCUUUGAGAGGUUCUGAAAUCUCCCUCCACCCUUCUGUAGUUACACAUCCACUGGUCCACCAUGUCCAUCCAGAUCUGUAGAGUGGUGGAGCUGAUGAUGCGCUCUGCUUGCUGCCAGACCAUCAGAAGUAGAUCCUGUUUGCGCAAGACAGUGUUGGUCCCUGUGGGUCCCUCUGGCCUUUGUGUUUCUGGCGCUCCUGUGCUUCAUAGAAGGGCUUACAGCCUGGACUGUCUCUCUUCGGGUCCUGGCCGGCCUACACUUGGUCCAUGUUCACAGCAGCCCUGCACAGAGAGGACGUCUCCCUCCGCAACACUAACACAAAGGAACCUGUCUGCUGUGACUGUACAGGGCCAAUGUCGUCCACUGUGUCAAUAUGACUUCCUGGACCUUGGGGAGGUAGAGGAGAAUGUACGUCGUGCUCUGUCCUGUAAAAAAAUCAGACAUUUCUUGGUAGAUCCAGACCUGGCGAAACUGGUAGCACAGCAUUUAGCACCUGAGGAUUCUAAAGCUGUUAUCUUCGACUGUAACCCAGGUCCUGGGGUGUUGACUAGGGCACUUCUAAAUGCUGGAGCUCAGAGAGUUGUGGCUCUUGAAGGGGAUAAGCACUUCCUACCCGAUCUACAGGAGUUGGAAGGCCGUCUUGAUGGUCAGCUGGAGGUGGUUCACUGUGACUACUUCAAACUAGAUCCCAAGGGCAGUGGAAGCCCGAAACCCCCUGUAAUGUUCACAGACAAACUGUUCACUGAUCUUGGAAUAUCAGAAGCAAGCUGGACUGAUGACAUCCCAGUGAAGGUGGUGGGUAUCCUGCCCCAGCGUAAUGAGCGUAGCUUCCUGCUGAAGACGGUUUACGCUUUGUUCGAACGGCUGUCUGUCUACAGAUAUGGAAGGAUAGAGCUCAACCUCUUCAUGAGCGAAAUGGAAUACCUGAAACUGGUGUCAGAUCCCGGUAAAAUGAUGAACUACAGAGCCUUCGGUGUCCUCUGGCAGAUGGCCUGUGAUAUUGAACUACUGCACAAGGAGCCCUGGGAGUCAUUUGUGAUGUCUUCAAAACAGAGAGCACCAGGUCCUAAAGUCAAACUUCCCAAUGACCACCUGUGUCUGGUGCGUCUGCGUCCACGGGCUGACCUGUUCUCUGCAGGCCUCACUCCCUCUAAUGCUUCAACUCUGCUGAUGAUGGUCAAACAGUGUCUGGCAAAGAGGAAGGUCAAACUCAUGGACAGGCUCAAUCUGUGGUCACCAGAUAGUGGGAGUAAGCUGUUAUCUGAAAUGAGCAUGCCUGAGGACAUAUUGACAGGACACGUAUAUCCAGAGGAGUAUCUCCGGCUGUUCCAGUUGAUGGACAAAAGCCAGGAGUUCACACAGAGCUGGCUCUAUGAAGAGAUCCUGGAGAACACACAGAGAGAAGGCUGGGGCUAAAACAUGUCGCAUGUAUAGAUUUAUGAAAUUAAAACACAAAAAAGUACAUACAAACAUAUGUGUAUAAUAUAAUGAUGGUGUAAUGCGAAAAAAAUGAAAAAUAUGUAAUGUCAUCAAACAUGGGAUGGACAUAUAUACAUAAAGAAAUACAUAAAAUAGUAAUAAAUGUUAAUGAAAUGGACACAACUUUACUGCUUAAAUAUUUUUGUUACUGAAAUUAUGAAAAUGUUUGUAACUAACUGUACUUCAGGACAAUGGAGAAAUGACUUCAAAUGAUUUACUCUGUUGUCCUGAACCUGGAUUCAUAUGAGUUUUGAUUUGUGAUUUAAAAAAAAAGAAAAUUGGUUAGUUUUGGAGCCCUCACAAGAUACUGCAUGUAAUCCACUUUUCAUCAAACUGAUUGUCAGUUGGAGAAAAGACUUGUCUCUGAAAUUGAAAGAUUUUCAAAUUGUUGCAGAAUAAAGGUUUGAAUAAUUAGUUAAAUCACAUAUAAGAAAAAUCCCUGUAUGAACACAGCAUCAGCAUGGAUUCACCAAGUCAUGCAAAUGAUACAGUAAUUCAGAAACAGGCAUGUACUACAUAUAAUAAUUGAUACCAAAGCUUUUCUUCUGCAGUAUACAGUAUAUUGCGACAGCAGCUUCACAGAACAUAAUUCUGCAUGUAUCCUGUAUUGAGUAAUUUUCCAAACUGUCAUCUCGAGGAGAAGAGUAGUGCUGUAAGUAUUCAGCAAGAAGGACUGCAAAUGCAAAGGAAGUAAGUUUUUCACUUCAUAGAUUCAUGUCUUGUAUAUUUUUGUAUAUUCAAUGUGAGUGCAUAAGCUUCUGUACAUGUAUAAAAUGUCAUUUUAAGGAGUGUAUAAGCUGUGUGUCUAAUAAAAAAAAAACGCAUUAAAUAAGAAUUUUGAUAAUGUAGUGUGGGGGAGAAAGUGAUUUUGGGGCUGUUUUUAGAAGGUGGUUGCACCAUCAGUGCUCUUACUUUGGUGAAUCUGACAGUUUUAGUCAGACAUAAUCUAUUACUUUACCUCUCUGGUGACACACACUGAACACAGUGUGAUCUAUUUGGUUGAUCAUAUGCUUUUUACUGCUUUUCUUUUUUUGAAAUGAUAUGGCCAUUUGUUAUGAGUGCUUCAGUUGUCUAGUUUCAUGUUACACAUGCCAAG